AUGUCGUUUCCCUUCCAUGAGAACACUGGAGGUUCCUUGGAAAAACUGGACCAGAGAAAAUCCAAAUUGACUGAUAGAGACUCUCCCCAUAGAUAUCCUGAUGAAGUUAAUGAGGAAGCUAAAUACUGUCCUGUUUCUGUGUUUGGAGAAAAGCUCUCAGUCAGAGGCCAGACCAUGAGGUAUUCGGGUGCUGUGUUUACAUUUGGGAAAAGUAAAUUUGCUGAAAAUAAUCCCAGUAAAUUCUGGUUUAAAAAUGAUGUCCCUGUACAUCUUUCAUGUGGAGAUGAACAUACUGCUGUUGUUACCAGAAAUAAUAAACUUUACGUGUUUGUUAGUAACAACUGGGGUCAGUUAGGAUUAGGAUCAAAGUCAGCCAUCAGCAAGCCAACAUGUGUCAAAGCUCUAAAACCUGAAAAGGUGAAAUUAGCUGCCUGUGGAAGGAACCACACCCUGGUGUCAACAGAAGGAGGCAACGUAUAUGCAACUGGUGGAAAUGAUGAAGGACAGUUGGGGCUUGGUGACACUGAAGAAAGAAACACUUUUCAUGUAAUUAGCUUUUUUACAUCCGAGCGUAAGAUUAAACAGCUCUCUGCUGGAUCUAAUACUUCAGCUGCCCUAACUGGUGAGGCUUGUUUCCUUUCCUGUAGGUCAGUAUAUGCCAACUCACCAGAUGGUGAACUAUAUAUGUUUGGAGAACCUGAGAAUGGGAAGUUAGGUCUUCCUAAUCAGCUCCUGAGCAAUCACAGAACACCCCAGCUGGUGUCUGAAAUUCCUGAGAAGGUGAUCCAAGUAGCUUGUGGCGGAGAGCAUACUGUGGUUCUCACAGAUUCUCACUUUUGGGGCCUGGUGCAAUGGCUGACACCUGUAAUCCUAGCAUCUUGGGAUACACAUCAACAACUCUAUAGCAUCUUGGGAGGCCAAGACAGAUUCACCAAGUCAUGUUUCUGUGGAUUUAUGCUGCGGGUUGCUUGUGGUGGAUGUCACAUGGUAGUUUUUGCUGCUGCUCAUCGUAGUGUGGCAAAAGAAAUUGAAUUCGAUGAAAUAAGUGAUACUUGCUUAUCUGUGGCGACUUUUCUGCCAUAUGGCAGUUUAACCUCAGGAAAUGUACUGCAGAGAACUCUAUCAGCACAUAUGCGGCGAAGAGAGAGGGAGAGGUCUCCAGAUUCUAUUUCAAUGAUGAGAACACUACCUCCAAUAGAAAGGACUCUUGGCCUUUCUGCUUGUUUUCCCCCCAAUUUGGUCUUUCCACGUUGUUCUGAGAGUAACCUAGAGAGCGUCUUAUCUGAACAGGACCUCAUGUACCCAGAGGAACCAGAUUAUUUUCUAGAUGAAAUGACCAAAGAAGCAGAGAUAGAUAAUUCUUCAACCGUAGAAAGCCUUGGAGAAACUACUGAUAUCUUGAAUAUGACACACAUUAUGAGCCUGAAUUCCAAUGAAAAGUCAUUAAAAUUAUCACCAGUUCAGAAACAAAAGAAACAACAAACAAUUGGGGAACUGAUGCAGCAUACAGCUUUAACUGAAAACGAUGAUAGUGGUGAAUAUGAAAAAAUGUCAGAAAUGAAAGAAGGGAAAGCAUGUGAGCAACAUGUGUCACAAGGGAUUUUCAUGACGCAACCAGCUACGCCUAUCGAAGCAUUUUCAGAUGAGGAAAUAGAGAUCCCAGAGGAGAAGGAAGGAGCAGAGGAUUCAAAAGAAAAUGGAAUAGAGGAGCAGAAGGUAGAAGCAAAUGAGGAAAAUGUGAAGGUGCAUGGAGGAAGACAGGAGGAAACAGAGAUCCUAUCAGAUGACCUUACAGACAAAGCAGAGGUGAGUGAAGGCAAGGCAAAGUCAGCGGGAGAAGCAGAGGAUGGGCCUGAAGGUAGAGGGGAUGGAACCUGUGAGGAGGGUAGUUCAGGAGCAGAACACUGGCAAGGUGAGGAGAGGGAGAAGGGGGAGAAAGACAAGGGUGGAGGAGAAAUGGCGAGGCCGGGAGAGGGAGAGAAGGACCUAGCGGAGGAGGAGGAAGGGGAGAAGAGGGAUGGGAAAGAGCAGGAGCACAAGGAGAGGGAGCAAGGCCAUCAGAAAGAAAGAAGCCAAGAGAUGGAGGAGGGAGAAGGGGAGGAGGAGCCCGGAGAAGGAGAAGAGGAGGAGGAAGACAGAGAAGAGGAAGAAGAGAAAGAGGAGGAGAAGGAGGGAGAAGGGAAAGAGGAAGGAGAAGGGGAAGAAGUGGAGGGAGAAGGUGAAAAGGAGGAAGGAGAGGUGGAAGAAGGAGAGAGGGAAAAGGAGGAAAGAGUGGGGAAGGAGGAGAAAGGAGAGGAGGAAGGAGACCAAGGAGAGGGGGAAGGGGAGGAAAAAGAGGAGGGAGGGGAAGUAGAGGAGGGGAAAGGAGAGGGGGAAGAGGAGGAAGGGGAGGGGGAAGAG